AUGAGCAGGGUAGAGUCGACCGCGGGUCAAAAACCCACCAGCGUGGACCAAGGCGUCAUGGUGGGUGCUCUGCUCAUGAUGGCCACUAUCGCCCUAGCCAACAUGCGUAGCGGCACGCCAGUAUGGGGGUGGUACCUCUCCUCUACUGUUGUCCCACUCAUCAUAUCCUGGAACCUGCACAACAUCUUCGAGAUUUACGCCAACUUUGCAUACUUCAACAACGGCGACCAAACCCUCUUCACAUACUCUCGCCCGUUCGAGGCUGCGUUCCGUCCGUUGGUAGUGCAUCGUUUGCUGCCACCUGAAGCUUACACUGUUGCUCCUGUUAGUGACCCAUGGUGGAUUUUUACGACUGCCAGUCUCUUCUACAAUAUUCGCUAUCGCUACGAACUUGGUAUCGUCGACAUUAUUGUCGCCUCACCUCGCUUUGGUGUUCUGCUCUGCUCGAUGAUUGUCAGCAUCAUCUUUAUCGUCGUCGAUGUCCUCGCCUGCCUGACAGACGCCAUCAUCUUGGGUGACUUCAAGACUGACCUCGACAAGCUAAGAAGGCGCAGAAUGACUCGGAUUCUCCCUUUGAAUGCCAUGCCAGAACAGCCUAUGUGGACUUUUCGCAAUUUAGAAACGGAAAGGCCGAGCCCGUGGUCGAAGGCGCCCGAGGAGGAACCGCGAGUCUUGUUAGUGGAACAUUCCGAGGCUCAAAUCAGUGGGAGGGAGAUAGUGUAG